AUGACAUACUCGUGGAGCGACCCUCCCCCCUUUAUCUAUCCAGCUACCGAUGCAAACGCCCACCUGGCCCCCGCCCUCGCCACCACCCUAACGAUCGCAAGUCUUAUACCCCUGCCUCCCCCGGAUUCACUCGGUACCUUACCUGUCGACAUACUGCUUAUGCUCCGGCCAGAGCUCGACCAGGCAUCGCGAAUCACUCUCGGUCGACGAUCCCGCAGGAUGUAUGCCGUCUUCGAGCCGGACAUCUGGCGCAAUCUAAACCUCUUUCUCGACAUCAGCGACUCCAGCUGGCAACAACCAGAUCCAAAGGAAGAGUACCGCCGCUUUAACGACAGCUCAGUGGACCUCCGCCGUUACGUCCUCAGCAUGAUGCGUAUGAUGGACGACGUCCGAUCGGAGGGAAACCGGUCUCGGUACGGCCUUAUCAAGUCAAUCAAAGGCGCUCCCUUCAUCCGCAUCGCGGAUGCUUUUAUCCAGCUGCUGAUCGAUGUCUCGCCCAAUCUCGAGCACCUCAAGAUCUUCUAUGUCGGCCUGUCCAGGCUGGCUCAGUCGUUCGAAACUCGCCUACUCCAGAAACACUCUGACUCCUUAUGCCUGUUUGACAGUGGCGGCUUUUUCGGAGGCGGCUCCAACGAUAGCGACUUCGAGACCUGGAGCGCUCACAGGAUUCCGGCGCCGCCGCUGGGCAUGUCAUUCCCAGCACUCACCUCCCUCAAGCUCGGCGAAGACACAAUCUCUCAUCCCGAGACCAUCACCCUGCUGCUCAGGCUCGCGCCGAAACUGCAGCGCCUCGCUCUCUACAUUUCUUACAAUUACCGGUCUUUGUAUAAUUACCGGAGUCAUCCCAGGGAACGCACACUUCCAUCCUCCUUGAACGCCGACACCAAUUUGCUCGCGCUCUGCAUCGAAUUCAGCGGUGGCAACGAGUCGAACGAGCAGUCUGUCGACAUGACUAUCGACAACAUCCUAUGUUCCAGCCCUCGCAUCCAGCAGCUCUCGCUGCGAUUAGAUUGGGACUAUGAGUUCGACAAAUCAAGCGACCAUUUCGUCCCGGCCGUUGGGAAUCUGAAGCAGCUGGUUGAUCUCGUCUGGCAGGACAGUGGGGGGUCACCACUGGCGGGCGUGAGACUAAGCGACUCCAGCUUCGCCUCGCUGAAGCGGUCAGUCCUGGCGCACCCGGCGUACGAGCUCCCGGACGAUACUCUGCCAUCAUCGACCACGUUGGAGGUCCUGCAUCUCACACGUCGGCGCGAGCGGGUGUCCGAUCUACCGUACCAACCGGCUCCGACGACGCCGACGGGUGUUCUUCCUAUCCCCUCUGCCUCCGCUCAAUGGCUCCGCGCCUGUCCUCGGCUCCGAGUCAUAAACUAUAUAUGCGACGAAGAUCCGGUCGGCCACCACCAUCCCCACGACUCUACCCUCUUCGACCGGCUCGACCGCGCGGAAGCCAAGGGCAACGUUACCGCUUUCAUCCACUCGAUGCGCCAUGGCGAUUCCGAGGUCCUCCACGCUCAGAUCCAGCUUCAGCCAAUCGAUAUCGAGGGGCAGAAUCACCUUACUCGAGAACACGUACUUUACUACACUGGCGAGGACCAUCUGGGGGCAGACUGCGAUGCGGUCAAGGCGCAGCACCCGCCCGAGUGGCAAGACUAUUCGGACUUCGACGGGGUGGCUGUUCCGAUGAGCGUUAUCAGGGAGAUGAGGGAGGUCGAUGACCUUAGCGUGGCAGAGUGGAAGGCGAGGGGUGUAGAGGUGGGCGCGGCGGCUUGGGGAGUGUUGAUGAACUGGCGAGCCGGACGUGGUUGA